GAACCGCCCCCUCGCCACGCCCUCAGCCACCAUGAGAGAUCGCCUUCGUCCUCGCCGCGCCUUCGCCGCCGUCGCCCCUCGCCCGCAUGGCCUACCAGCUGACCGCGGGCUUCGAGGACAUCGUGGGUCUGCCCGUAACGAGCUUCAGCUGCGAAGGCCGCCCAUACGGAUACUACGCCGACAUCGACAACGACUGCAAGAUCUUCCACGUCUGCGUCCCCGUCGUCGAUGAGCUGGGCCAGCUCACGCGCACCGACCACUUCUCCUUCAUCUGCGGCAACGAUACGGUGUUCAGCCAGGAGUCCCUCACUUGUAUCACAGACACUGACGGCUUUCCUUGCAAUGAGGCUGCAACACUGUACGAUGUUGUCAAUGCUGAGUUCGGAAGGAUACCCGAGCAGGAAUUCCAGAACUAAGGAGGAGAAAGAAAGAAAAAAAGAACAUUCUGAUUGUGUCUGAUUGUGGGAGAAAGACGAUUUUAUCUUGAGGGGAGAAAAGGGUGUUUAUUUUGGAUAUUCCUGAUUUUAAAAAAAGUAAAAUGUUCGAGGAAAUGAUGGUUUAGGUUGUUUAAAGAAAGAAAAAAAAAAAUGGUAUUUGUUUCUUGCAGAAUGAAUUUUUUUUUUCUGUUUUCUUUGAUUUUCUGUUUAGUUUUCUGUCAUUUUUGGGUAUUUUCCAAAAUAUGCUCUUUCGCCCAGUGCAUCUUGGCUAGUCUAAUUUUUUUUUUACGGGACCUCAAUGUAAAAAAAUAAAAAAUUAAGAAGCUCA